AUGGAAAUAACUGGGCCUUCAACUAGCUUUUGCUCCAAAGAAACACGAAAAAUUUAUCAAGAGUGGUUUAAUUUUGCAGAUUCUGAUGGGGAUGGUCGAUUAACGGGGCAUGAUGCAAUUUUAUUCUUUAGCUUGUCAGAUUUGCACAGAGAUGAUCUCAAACAGGUGUGGGCCAUAGCAGAUGCCAAAAGACAAGGCUUUCUUGGAUUCCAGGAGUUCAUUACUGCCAUGCAGUUAGUUUCAUUGGUACAAUCAGGGCACACAAUAAAUCAAGAUCUCCUAACAGCUGAAUUUGAUUGGGAGAAUAUACAGCCUCCUUCCAUGCAAGAUCUUACUGAAAAACUUGCUAAAAGAAGGAGCAAACUCAAAUCAGAAUCACUAAAUGGUAAGAGAAAACUCCACCCUACAAGAUCAGCUCCUUGGUUCAGUACAUCAAGAUCUUCAAAAAAGAUACAAUUAUCUACCGUUACGUCUAUAAUUGAUGGACUGAAGAAGUUGUACAAUCAGAAGUUACUGCCACUGGAGUCAAGUUAUCACUUCAAUGAUUUUGUGUCACCAUUAUUAACGAACAGUGAUUUUGACGCCAAGCCUAUGGUGAUGCUUUUGGGGCAGUAUUCCACCGGAAAGACGACAUUUAUCACGCACUUGCUAAAAACUAGUUACCCUGGAGCACAUAUCGGACCAGAGCCUACAACAGAUCGAUUUGUCGUUGUUAUGUCUGGUCCUGAUGAAAGGAGCAUUCCAGGAAACACGGUUGCAGUUCAAGCAGACAUGCCAUACACCGGUCUCACAGCUUUUGGGACGGCCUUUUUGUCUAAAUUUGAAUGUUCCCAGAUGCCGCACUCACUUUUGGAGCAUAUUACGUUGGUCGAUACUCCAGGAGUGUUGUCUGGAGAGAAACAACGAACACAACGAAGCUAUGAUUUCACUGGUGUAACAUCUUGGUUUGCUGCUAAAUGUGACCUUAUCUUGCUGCUGUUUGAUCCCCAUAAACUUGACGUUAGCGAUGAAUUUAAGCGUGUGAUCUCUUCUUUAAGGGGUCAUGAUGACAAGAUUCGUGUUGUUUUGAACAAAGCAGAUCAAGUCGACACUCAACAGUUGAUGAGGGUUUAUGGAGCUUUAAUGUGGUCGCUUGGAAAAGUUUUGAAUACUCCAGAGGUAACCCGUGUUUAUAUUGGAUCAUUCAAUGAUAGACCCUCGAAUGAAGGCAUUGAUGGCCCAAUAGGUCGUGAGCUUUUUGAGAGGGAGCAUGACGACCUUAUUGCUGAUCUAAAAGAUAUACCGAAGAAGGCUUGUGAUCGACGGAUUAACGAAUUCGUAAAGCGUGCAAGGGCAGCUAAGAUUCAUGCCCAUAUCAUUGGUCAUCUGAAGAAGGAGAUGCCUACACUAAUAGGAAAGGCUAAGACUCAACAAAGGCUUAUUGAUAACUUAGAAGAUGAGUUUAGAAAGGUUCAGAAGGAAUUUCAUCUACCAGCAGGAGACUUCCCCAAUGUGGAGCAAUUCAGGGAAGUUCUCAAAGGCUAUAACUUUGAUAAGUUUGAAAAGCUUAAACUACCGAAGAUACAAGCUGUUGAUGACAUGUUAAGCUAUGACAUCCCUCAACUUCUCAAAAGUUUCAGAAAUCCAUACGAUUAAUCGAUCAUACUUUGAAAUUUCGAGUUAUAUGGAUUGAUUAACCCAAUUAAUACAAUUAGUGAAUUAGUAGCAUAAUAGUUUCUUAUUUUGUGGUCGUUUCACCGAGUUACGCCUCUGAUAAAAAUAGUUUAUUUAUUUUAUUUAUUUUAUUUUAAUUUUAGUUGUGACCUCUUGGAGGUCUUAUAUUGGACAGAUGAACUGAAGUAAUGUUUAUCUACAAUUUUGCAGUUAA